CAUUGUUUAUUUUAAUCAAUCCGCGAUGGUACUCGAUACCAAGUCGGUAGGCAUUUGGGCCGACAUCAAAGAAUACCGAAGAGCAUAUAUCCUCACAGCUGUUGCCAGUUUUGGUGGUAUGCUCUUCGGAUGGGAUACGGUAUGGAUUGCAUAUAACACCAUGAUCAAUCGCAAAGCUGACAUAUCCAUAGNNGGUCUGAUUGGCGGCGUCUUGACAAUGGAUUCGUUCAAAAACUCAUUCGCCCUUGUCGACACCCCUGCUGCGUACGCAGACUUGUCUGGCAAUAUUGUUUCUGUUCUCCAGGCUGGAUGCUUUGUGGGUGCCGCUGCCAGCUUCUGGGUGUCUGACACUUUUGGUCGAAAGUCUGCCCUCAUCUAUGCCGAUAUCAUCUUUAUCAUCGGCAGCGUGCUUCAGACUUGCAGUGCUCUAAGCAAUCGCUCGCUCGCUACCUUAUACACCGGCAGAGUCAUUGGCGGAAUUGGUGUCGGCUUAAUCAGUGCUGUGGUACCCACGUAUAUUGGUCAGUCUGGUUUCAUCUUGAAUGAUGCUGCUUCUAAUCCUCAGACGUCUANNGGCGAGAAUGUUAACAAAGAGAUCAGAGGCCGGUGCAUAGGCACCAUGCAACUCUUCAAGUCAGUCAGAACUCCAUGGCCAGGGAUACCACUGCUGACCAAAGACAGCGUGACGGGCAUAAUGUUGUCGUACUUUGUCAACUACGGUGUGACUCGAUCCAUUUCGUCUGACAAUGAUGCCCAGUGGCGAGUACCAUUCGCUCUCCAGAUGCUACCCGGCGUGCUUCUCCUCAUCGGCAUCAUCUUCCAAAAUGAGAGUCCGAGAUGGCUUGUUGAGAAGGACCGACACGACGAUGCUGCUCGAGCACUUGCUCAUGUACGCGGCCGCUCACAAGACGACCCUAUCGUAACCAAAGAGCUAGGCGAGAUCAUAGCCGACUUCCAAGGUCAUGAGAAGAUCUCGUUGUUGGGACAACUCAGAACAGUAUUCGAUGGCUAUCAUUCUUAUGAUGUUUCAGCAAUGGACGGGCACGAAUUCGAUCAACUACUACAGCCCUCAGNNAUAUUCGAAUCUAUCGGGUUGGGUUCAUCUGCUGGCCUCUUUGCUACGGGAAUCUACGGUGUGGUCAAAGUUGUGAUUACCGCUCUAGCUCUGGCUUUCAUGACCGAGCAGAAAUGGAGCUUGAUCAUUGGCGCUCUUGGACAGGCCUUUGCCAUGUUCUACAUCGGCAUCAACCAAGCCGUCAAUCCAGUAGUCGAGGGCGCUCCUCUGAACGGCAACAGUAUCUUCGCCAUUAUAUCGGUCUACCUGUUUGUUGUCUUCUACAGCGUAGGGUGGGGUCCCAUUCCAUUCAUCCUUGCUUCAGAAAUAANNCCCAAUCAUGUCAGAUCUCUGGUCAUGGCAUCAGCAUUGAUGUGUCAAUGGGCAUUCAACUGUGUGAUCGCUAGAAUCACACCUGUCAUGCUCAAUAGCAUCACCUACGGCACAUUCCUCAUCUUUGGCAUCUGCUGCAUUCUGAUGGCCAUCUACACCACCAAAGGCGUGCCCCUCGAAUCAAUGUCUUUGCUUUUCGAAGGCAACAUCAUCAGAGGAGCCACUUACGACACAAUACCUGCAUACUCUCGAGCGAAUUCUUUGCAAAAUGCCUCAAACAUGCAAGAAAAUGAAGAAGAGGGUAAUAAAAGCGAUUUUGCCGUUCACAUUGAGAGGACCAAGGAUUUU